AGCUGGAUUUCCUGCCGGCACAAAUGAACCGUGUUGUGCAACUGCAGUUAACGUAGCCGCUUUUCUUCCUCCCCUCCUCCCGGUAGAGGGAAAUGGUUUGCUCUAAGCGACAGGCUAAUGCAAGGCGAAAGGAAGCGAGAGUGCAUGCGAGCGGGGCCUUGGCGGAGUGAAUCGAGCUCUGGCUGGUGUUUUCUUUUGCAUUUGUCACGCAAUUGGCGCCGCGAUGGGGAAGAAGUCCCGACUUGGCCGAUUGGGAGGCUGCCGAGCAGCAAUUCGGAGCGCAUGACCAGAAAGAGAAGGACGAGGAGCAACAAGAAAACGGAGGCCUGUAUCCUUCCAACAGCCUAGCCGAUGGCAAAGUGGACUUGGUCAUCGUUCAAUGUAGAGGCAAAAGUUCAAGAUCCUUAAAAAGACCCAUCGUGUGGUUCCUCCCAAGUUCCCACAAAGUGGUUUGCAACAUAAACAAAAAACAUGGUUGAAGAAGAUGGUGAUGUGGCAUCCAGAUCUGUUUUCGCCUGGGAUUAUGUUUUGUGGGAAGUUCGUCUGAAAUUAGUGGUGGCUGGAUUUUUCAUCUACCUGGGAGUGUUUUUUUUCUCACACUACCUAUCUUCAAGGAUAAGCAUCACUUACCGUGCCUUGCCAGCCAAGGAGAAAGUCUUUUGGAAUCUGGCUGUUACACGAGGUGUGUUUGGCAUUCAGAGCUGUGUUGCUGGUUUAUGGGCCUUGCUUCUAGAUCCAGUUUUUCAGGCUGACAAAGUGUAUUCCCAGCAGGAGUGGAGCUGGUUCAACUGCCUAAUAGCCUCUGGCUUCUUUUUGCUUGAAAAUGUAGCUGUUCAUGUGUCUAAUAUUGUUUUCAGGACAUUUGAUUUAUUCUUAGUUGUUCAUCAUUUGCUUGCCUUUGGUGGCUUUUUUGGUCUGGUGACCAACGUAAAAUCUGGACAUUAUAUACCCUUGAUGGGAAUGCUGCUAGAGAUGAGCACGCCUUUCACCUGUAUAUCCUGGAUUCUUUUAAAGGUUGGCUGGGCUAACACUUUCUUUUGGAAGGCAAACCAGUGGGUGAUGAUUCACAUGUUUCAUUGCCGCAUGAUCCUUACUUACCACAUGUGGUGGGUGUGCAUUUCCAAUUGGAACGCUGUACAAGAAAACUUGGGACGUCUACAUUUUGCAAUUGUAUUCGCAGGGAUGAGUGCUGUCACAUUUGUACUUAACCCUUACUGGACAUACAAAAAGACUAAGCAGCUUGUCUGUCCCGUUGACUGGAAUUUUGCCAAUAGAACAAUGAAAAAUGGCUCCUCCAAAAAACUAAAUGGAAAACCACUCCAGACAAAAGAGCUAUGAUGCUGAAUUUGGGAGUCUUUUCCACACAGUAGUGAACCAUGGGUUAGACAGCUAGGACCAUAAAGCUUUAUUUUUAACUUAUAGGAGAUUGAAAACCUAUUUAUUUCUACCUUCUUAACAGUAUUCUUUAUGUUGUUGCUGCCUGAAUUAAUUAUCUGUGUUACUGACAGAUCCUGAACUUCAGUAAUGUCUGAGUAUGUUUGGUAAAUAUAGAAAGCUCCAGUUGAAUGCAGGAGAGCAGGUAGUUGUUGUGAUUGACCAGCCACUUUAAAAACUGCCCACCUGAACCCCAUAGCCAGGUGACAGACCAGGAAAUCAUUCUGUCUCUGCCAUUUUUUAAAUAUUUCCAGUGAUGGGAGGAUGUUUCUGACAUUUGCCCAAGGGCUCCAGAUGGUUAUCCAUAUAUUCUAGAGUUGCUCUUAGUUCUUUCAUUCACUGACAAGCUUUCAAUAAAUUAAUCAUUGUGCCACUAAUACAAUAAAUGCUGAGCAUCAACUCAGCUUAAUCUUU